CAUAUCUAAAGUUUCCAUUCUUUUCCAACAGAAAAAAAACAAAGACAAAAAGAAAUAUACAUAAGUUUGCUUAUGUGAUAUGUGAAGUUUCAAAAUUGAUUAAUCAAAAAUGGAAAUGUCAGCAACAGGAGGUGGUUUGUUCUCAACUUAUUCAAUUUGCAGUAAUGCUGCUGGAAUUGCUGGGAACCUCUUUGCAUUUGUUUUAUUUGUGUCACCAACACCAACAUUCAGAAGGAUCAUCAGAAGCAAGUCAACAGAACAAUUUUCUGGGCUGCCUUAUAUAUAUGCCCUGUUGAAUUGCUUAAUAUGUCUAUGGUAUGGAACACCAAUUGUAUCUCCUGGCAUUAUAUUGGUUUUCACGGUUAAUUCUGUUGGAGCAGUAUUCCAGUUAGUUUAUAUACUCAUCUUCAUCAUAUAUGCAGAGCGAUCAAAAAAGUUGAAGAUGUUGGGGCUAUUGCUUGGUGUUUUUGCUGCAUUUGCUGCUGUGGUUUCCAUCAGUAUCUGUCUAUUUCAACCUCCAAAUCGACAAACUUUUGUAGGAUAUUUGUCUGUCAUAUCUCUCAUUUCUAUGUUCGCUUCUCCAUUAUUCAUUAUUAAUUUGGUGAUCAGAACAAGGAGUGUUGAGUACAUGCCAUUCUAUCUCUCACUUGCAACUUUUCUUAUGAGCCUUUCUUUCUUUGCUUAUGGAAUGUUUAAGCAAGAUACAUUUAUCUCUGUCCCAAAUGGGAUAGGAGGAGUUCUUGGGAUCAUACAACUGGUCUUGUACUGGAGAUAUAGCAGGCCUAAUGAGAAGCCUACAACACCUCUCCUGGAGUCCAAUGCAUGAUAAGCAUUAUGGCCGAUACACGGGAAAGUGAAAUAUACUUACUCGCUUCAGGUGUUUACACCAAAUUAAAUAAUUUAUUUACGAGACGUAUGUCUUACAUUCAUUGGUUUGGUAUAAACAUGAGUCUUGGCUAAAAAAAAAUCACGUCGAGAAGUCAUCCAAAUUUAGCUUUUUCUUUUCUAUUCUCAUUCUUUUAUUUUGUGUAAUAAAAAUGGGGAAUUGGUGAUGUCGCCACUUGGUAUAAGUUGAUGUUCCAUUUGUGUUUUGUAUACCAAAA